AGCAGAGGAAGAGAAGAACAAAGCAGGGAGAAGACUUUUGCAAGUGGUGCAAGACUAAACCGGCUGCUGGCCUCUGUCUGCUGAAUGACAAUGUUUGACCAUCUCCAGCCCCUGCUGAUCCUCUGCCUGACCUUCAAACACAGUGAUUGUAUGCAUCAUACCCACCACUGGGGGGACUGGAACGAUUCUCAGCUUCAUCCAACGAUCCAGAAGCUGAUGAAAGGUUACAAUCGAUACCUCAGACCCAGUUUCAAUGAGGGUCCUGUGGAAAUUGGAAUGAGUCUUGAUAUUGCCAGCAUUGAUGCCAUUUCCGAAAUCAAUAUGGACUACACAGCAACUAUCUUCCUACGUCAGCGGUGGCGAGAUUCCAGACUGGUGUUUCCAGGAAAUGGGAGCGUUAGUGUGGAUGGACGCCUGGUGUCAUUGCUGUGGAUUCCUGACACCUUCAUCCCUGACUCCAAACGUUCCUUCCUGCAUGACGUCACAGUGGACAACCGCCUCAUACGUAUCUUCAGCAAUGGGACUGUUCUCUAUGCCCUAAGAAUCACUGCUACUAUCGCCUGUAACAUGGACCUGACUAAGUACCCGAUGGACAGACAGGAGUGCACGCUACAGCUGGAGAGCUGGGGGUAUAAUCUGCAGGACGUGAUGUUCUACUGGACCAGAGGAAAUGACUCUGUGAGGGGUCUCGACACACUGCGACUGGCUCAGUAUAGUGUGGAGAGCUACUAUACGUCAGUGUCUGAGGCUGUGUAUGAGACAGGAACAUAUCCCAAACUGAUGUUGCACUUUGCACUUCGUAGAAAUGUUUUGUUCUUUAUCUUGGAGACAUAUGUCCCCUCUACUCUGCUUGUGGUUCUGUCCUGGGUUUCAUUUUGGAUCAGCCAGUCCUCAGUACCAGCAAGAACCUGCAUUGGAGUGACAACAGUUUUGACGAUGACUACCCUAAUGAUGGGUGCCCGCACUUCACUGCCCAAUGCCAACUGCUUCAUCAAGGCCAUAGAUGUUUACUUGGGCAUCUGCUUCACCUUUAUCUUUGGUGCACUUCUGGAGUACGCCUGUGCCCACUUCUAUACCAUGCAGCAUCAGACCUUAGAGGAUUUACACAGGGACCUGCUGAGGGAGUUCAUUCAAUCCAACGGGAACGGUUCCAUCCCUAUCGUCAGUGCCAACCAACCAAACCAGUCUGUGGAGAUCGACUCCACUGCAGAGGAGUCCACGACGCAGCCCACAGAACAGUCAGCAAAGACUGACACAAAGGAGCGUGGCGCCACCAAAGAAAAGAUGACUGGGAACGGUUGUGGCCUGUCAUCAGUCAAGGAUGCAUCUCGUAGAGCAGUAUCUGUUUUCAUUGUGGAAAACCCACACAACAUUGACCGCCAUUCCCGUACUGUUUUCCCGAUGGCGUUUCUCAUAGUCAAUAUCUUCUACUGGCUUUACUAUCUCUUCCUUUGAGUCCCGGUUCCAACCCAUUGCCUGUCUUCACUAUAAUUAGGCGGUUCUUAGUCCUUGAUUGUGGUCCAACAACAGUUGCCACCACCUGGGUCAAAGUGACAACACCACCUGCCACAGAGGUUGUUUGGGUGAAAUGUAUAAAACCCGGCAUUCUUAUUUGCAUUACGCUGAUGGAAGUUACUGUUGUUCAUGUACUGUAUGAAUAGAUGGCUAACACCUUAUUAAUCUACUAAAGUGAGGAUGCAACCAUGCCCAUACCUAUCUGCUGAUAAAUCCAGAGAAAAAAGCGAGGAUAAGUUUAAGCUCUUUAUUAGCUGUAAAGAAUAGGCUGCCUGAACUGCAUCCCGCUAUGCUGCGCUGCGCUGAAUUGCCUUCAUCAAGA